CUCCACGUAACAUCGCGUCAUAGGGGCCAACUUCUUCCCCAUUGGCUGUUGCCUGGAUACGAUGGCCAACACUAGCAAAGGACUGUGAAGACGCAGCACGAGCUAACUAAUGUUACCUUUUGCUUAUAGAAAUGAUGAAAUUUCCCGAGGACCCGAGAGACGUGCGUGCACCGCUUCCGGGCCGCUGGAUGUGGAAUGAUGAAGCUCAAACUAUGGAGUUUGUCAGCUCUUCUCCAGCAGAGGAGAGUGUGUUGAGGAAAAGGAGGCAAACCAAUGUCAAUUUCAACGAACUUCAGCAACGAGCGGCGUGGUUGGCUGAUGUGCGCGGGUUGAACGAUAGAGGGCGCCAAAGCACCACAAAGAGCCUGAGCCCGGCUCGUCUGAAUGCUUACAGGUCCUCAGUGACGGAGAGGCGAGGGGACCGCGUCACCACUGAUGAUGUGAAACAGGUGGCUGUCGGGUUGCUGCAGGAGAAUCACUUGCUUCCCAUUCCGUUCUGCUUCUUGGCUGUAUUGAAGAGUGAAGAGCUUGAUGAAGUCCUGAAGGCCCUUCUUCUUUACCUGUCUUGUUUCUUUGAGCGCAAAUCCCUGGAGAAUAAACCGAAGGGUGUAAUGGCUGUAGGCAACGUCACAGAGCGCCGGAUGAGGAUGGAGGCUUUGACCAAAAAGGAGAUAGCCCAAAAGAAGCUGGCAGUCAGCUACUUCAGCCUCAUCAUGGACUUGGAGAAAGAACAGCACCAACCCACAUCAAAUCACAAAAGCCAGAUGUCAUCAGACAGUACGGACUGGCUGUUACAUGCGUGCUUGUACAGCUUCUUCUGUUACGUGGCCUGGGUGACGUUUGGCAGGAAGGACCUGAGGGACAUCCAAGAGGAAGUGGGGCGUCUUUUGUACUCUGACACCUUCAACACGGCAGUGAGGAACAGGACUGCUGGGGACUCAGGAAUGACCUUCGCUAAUGUUAACGGUUCAGUGAAGACGGGAAAAGCUGACCCCAAGGAGAGGAGACGUGACAGAACGUCUCGGAGGCGUCCGGCGCUCAGCAGUACAGUUAAUCAGCGAUCCCCACUUAUGGUGUCCCUGCUGCCCUCGCCCAAAGAACAGUCACCCCAUCUGUUCCUCGGCAGCCGGGCCAGGAAGCACAGCCUGCUGUGGGCCGAGUACUGCGACACCAAGGCCCUGACUGAGGAGCUCAACCAGCAGCUGGCCAGUGUCAGCUUUGGGAUUCUGGGCAAGCCAUCGAACCAGUUUAGCCGCAGUACCCUGAUACCCUAUGGAGAACAGAAAAACAACCGAAAUGAGCAUAAAGACCGUGAGCCGGGGAGGGAUGUUAACAACAACAGCAGGGACGGUCCUGGCAUCGAUGCUCGAGGUAGCAGCUCGUCCUUCAUGGGACCCGAGUCGACAGGUCUUGCCAGAUAUGGCAGCACAACCCGCGUAAACACGAGGAACUCGGCGGCUCCCAGUGAGGCAGUGACUUCAGACGCUCAAUGACUUCACUGCGCAUGUGUUGUGUGUGCAUUUUCAUAAUCAUGCAGACAUCGCAUGUGCAAAUCCACUCCACAGCGCCGCCCGCAGGGUUAACACAACAAAAACACCAAAGGGCAGAAAGUAGCUGCUGAGUUUUCAUUCUGUUCCGCUCAUGUGUGGCUCCUUUUCAAACAGCACCUCCCGGGACUGUCAUCACACACACCACAUUUGUUGGAAUUUGCUUCCGAAUUGAAACCAGUGUCGUAUGUACCAGCUGGUGGUGCUGUUGAAUAAAACCUGAUGAAAACCCA